UUUCCUUCAAAGGUAUUUGCCGGGAACACAGAACAGUAUACGGUUGUGCAACAUUCUCUCCCGACGGCCUUCAAAGCACGAUACAUCAGGUUUUACCCACAGACGUGGUAUAGGAUAUUAUGCAUGAGAGUUGAGCUAUACCGUGAGGAACAGAAAUAGGACACAGUUUGUAGCAAUUGUACAGAACGUUACAAGAGGCAGAAGUUACUGUGGGGAAGCGCGAAGGGCUGUAUAAGAGCCCCAACCAGAACCCCUUAGUUUGUCUAGACUUCCUCGCAACAGGGCUCUCACGUUCUUAGAUUAUUUGUUUUGGUUCCAAAUCUCCCAGCACCUAGAGACGCAUGCUUAAGGGAAGAGGGGAGGGGGAUUUAAUAAUUGUAGAGUGGAUACACGUUCCCCCUGAGUCCAUCCCUGCCAGCGCUUUGUCUCUUUGGAGAAACACGGAAAGAGUUUUCGCACUCUUCUCAGCCCUCAAAAAAGGGCUCCCCAAUCGGUUAUCAAAUUAUUUGCUUGCACUUUUUAGUUUGAAAAACUAGAACUAGUUUGAAUACAUACAAUAGAAAAAAACAACAACAACAAAACAAAAAAAGGUUAUGAAAGUUUAAUGAGUGUGAAUAAGUGUGUAAGCAUUGUCACUGAAGUUCUGAAAUUCGCGAAACUUGCCAAAUUAACCUUUUUUUUUCGAUGCUUGCACUAUCCAUCUAUACAAAUUUCUGCCCUGAAGAAAUUUUGGCCGAAUACGAUCCAAUUUUUGUCUAUUACCCGAAAAGGCGUACCAUCAGGCGCGUACACAGGGGGGUGCGCGUGGCCCCCCCUCAACGGCCAAAAAUGGGUCAUUUCUUGUUAAGGAAUCUUAUAGUCACUUCUUGUGAAGGAAUCAAAUAGUGAUGCUUUUUUCCACAUGAUACCUAUGACAGCGUCCCCCCCUCAGCCAAUCCUCGCGAGCGUUCCGCCUUCUUUGGAGCGCCCGCAAAGGCUCCUGGGUUUCCUAGCAUGCGCGGAUGAGAAAACAUGUUGUUGGCUCUCAUUCAUACAACAAUUCUCUAGGAUGGCAUGCCAGAAACAAUAACUAAUUGAUGCAUUAGUGAGUUUAGGGGUGAAACGUAUUCGAUCGAUUGUGAAACAAGUAUUUGGGCUUCCUGUGUUUACCUAGUCCACCGAAGCGAGCCAUCGUACUGGAACGCCUGACAGCUUCAAUUUCUUCUUUUGCUUUUACAUCACACCAUCUGGUGUAUUUUGGUUUUGCGUUCAAAGAUAGUGGAUGAAAUGUCAGAAAACGUGUAUAACAGCUGACGAGGAAGGUAGAAAUGGCUGACAGUGAUGGUGAACGCGACGACGUCCCCCUAUUGGGGCCGCUACAACUGGAAGGAUGGAGGUCUCAGCUUCAGUUGAAAGACUAUGUUGCUGCUGUUGUUGCUGUUUGCAUGGUUGGGCUUGGAGUCACUGCUAUUGCCCUUGUUUACAACUAUCAAACAGAGAUCAUAGAUGAAUACAGCAUAGUCCUAGAUGCCGGGUCAACACACACAGAUCUUAUGGUUUACAAAUGGACCACAAAAGAUGUUCUUCAAGGGACAGCCCUUGUAAAGCAGAUUGGCUCUUGCAUGAGCACAGGGGGAAGCAUCUCUAGUUAUGCCUCAACAGACCCAAACAAAGCUGGUUCAUCUCUUGAGGGAUGCAUAAGAAAUACAGCAGAGAAGCUGAUUCCAACAUAUCUACAGGCCAAGUCCCCAAUAUACCUUGGGGCAACUGCAGGAAUGAGGCUUGUUCGAGAGACAGAUACAGAGGCUGCAGAUCAAAUUAUGAAGUCUGUCCAACACACCCUACAUGCCUCUCCCUUCAAAUUUCAAGAUGAACAAGCAAGAAUUAUUAGCGGAGAUGAAGAAGGACUGUCGUCUUGGGUGACAGUUAAUUACUUGAGAGGGGGUCUACUAUACAGAGGGAUUCUGUCGAACUCAAGUGUGCAGCCUACAGCCCACCUACAGGGUGCGCUAGACAUGGGUGGGGCAUCAACCCAAAUCACAUUCCCUCUUCACCCUGGUGUGACCGUCCCGCAAAAGUACACAAAAUAUCUUCACCUCUAUGGGCGUAGACAUCGUCUUUACACACAUAGCUACUUGUGUUAUGGCAAUAAAGAAGCAGAGCGGAGGUACAUGUUCUCCCUUUUAAAGAACUCCUCCAUGGCUGCAAUUGUUGAUAACCCAUGUGCUCCUGAAGGCCUUGUAGAAAAUCGCACAGUUCAGUAUCUGUUGCAACCACCAUGUGUAGAUUCACAUAUACCCUCAAGCAAUCAGACCUUUUACACAUUUAGAGGGACUGGAAAUGUCACAGAGUGUUCAAGCAAGGUGGCAAGGAUGUUCAAUUUUUCAAGUUGCUUUGGGUCAACCAACUGUUCAUUUGAUGGAGUGUUUCAACCUUCUACUGAAGAUACCAAGUUUGUGGCAUUUUCAAGUUACUACUACGUAGCUCACAGCUUGAACCUAACAUCAGCGAGUCCUUCUGGUAACAUCUCACUUGCAGGCCUCAAGAGAGCUGCUGAUAAAUUUUGCAGUGAGCCAUGGGCUGAGGUAGAUACUGGCAACUCUCCAAAGCAGUUCUUGAAAACCUUGUGCUUUGAUGCUCAAUAUAUAUUUACACUUCUAACCCAAGGCUAUCAUUUGAAUGAAAACUCAUCUGAUGUAUCAUUUCAAAACUCAAUCCACGGAAGGUCGUUAGGCUGGGCCCUGGGUUUCAUGAUCAAUGCAACAAAUCUACUCCCCAUAAAUGAACCAACCUAUCGAGUGCAGACAGAAGCUUUUAUGGCAGUAGUCAUAGUUGCUGCAAUUCUGAUCAGUUUAGGAGUUCUCCUUGCUAUCACGGCAACACGAAGGGCUGUCAAUCGCAAAAAGAUGUCCCCACGUGGCCUAGCAAUUUAAUUAACUUAAGUGAUUAGGAAAACUAGUAAAUUAAUAAUUGUGUCUUUGACAGCGGCAUGGCCAGGAUUUUUAACAGGAGGGGGCACAAAAGGGACUUUUACAGAUAAUGUCCCAUACAUUUACUGUAUUUUUAGCUGCUUAAACGGAGGGGUAGGGGGGAGGGCCCCCGGCUACGCCCCUGGGUUUUGUGAGGUUAUAUCUUUGUACAUCUUGAUAUAAAAAAAAAUUUUGUUUCAUAGAUUUUAUAUAGUGCAUCAUCAAUUUAUUACACCUUUUUAAUUGGAUGGAUUCCCAACGUAACCAACUUAUUAUAGCAGAAGGUUUUAUAGAAUAUCAUAAAAUAGCAUCAGAUAGUAAAAGGUGGAGAAAUAUUGUUCUAUGUAAGAACCAAGUAAGGUUAAUAUAUUUGAUAUAUUUAGCAUCAAAAUACUGUAGAAACAUCAUACACGGACAUUAAAAAAAAAUUAGAAAUUGGAGGAAGCCACACCCCUACUGAUCAUUUCCUUAAAAUUUGAGAAAAUGUGAAAUGGCCUCCUUGCCUGGGCCGUUAUAAGUGAUACAGCAUUGAUUAGGAACUGGUUUGUAGGCCAGUGGUGGCCUGUAUUUGCGACCUUGACUGGACUCUCAUCACAUAAUAGUUGUCUUUCAUUACAACUGUUUAUUUUUUUAUUGUAUAGGGUGAAAGCCCCUUAAUAAUUGUCUGCAGAGGACAUUUCACCCCCCUUGAAUUCCAAAUGGAGUCCCAGAUUUUUUUGGCAUAUGGCAUUUUUUCCCUCCAGUAAAUUAUGGCUAUGCACAAAUUUUGGGUUCAAACUUUAUUUCAUGAAUAUGCUGUAUCUGAUCACCAGUAAUCAUUAACCAUAAUUUAUAAAACUUCUUGUACUUACUUUAACUAGUUCUUUAUUUUACAAAAUGAAUACUAUCUACACCUGUA